AUGGCUAGACAAACUUCACUAGACUCCGAACGCCCCAUCAUGGCCCCCUCCAACCGUACCUCCAAGCGAUUCUCCACCGUUAGCGGAAGCCCGUCGAUUGCUGCGUCGGAGCGCACGUUGGGGGGCCUGCCCAGCGGCGACCCUAGACUCGCUGAAGUCCACAAUCUACGCGCCGGCCUCGAGCGUCUGGAAAAUAAGCCUCUCCAGAAGCAGCGCUUCGUCCCUACCCCCGAGAAGAGCGAUAACCUGAGCAAACUGGCGCUGGGCGCCAAGGUAGAGCGUGCUCUCGGACGCAGAAUGACUGGCCAGGAUGCCGUCAUGCGGAAGCCUGUUCUGAGCGAGAAAGAUGCUGCUGCUGCUGAAGAAGAAACCCAGGCGGCUUCAUAA